AUCGACCACUCGCACUAUCCUCGCGAUGGAGAACCCUCAUGCAGAGCGUCAGGCCGUGUUGCUCGAGCGGAUUCUUAAGAAUGCAUCCGUUUGCACAGAAAUGAUCGUCGAGCUUAACCAUUGUGUGGAGGAGAUUCUCAGAGCCAACUCUUCUGUCAAGAUUGCUGCCGAUUUGGCGAGCAAGUAUCGCAAGAAUGUCCAGUAUAAUCUCGAGGCAACUAGACAGGACUCUUCUUGAUAGUCUCUUCCACUAAGGAUGUCGCAUUCAUUCGUCUUCUCCAGAGCGGCCCAGGUCGAAAAGAUAACAGGUUGCGCCAGAUUACCUUACCUAUGUUUCCAUCACACUGGCAGCCACAAACAAGACAAGACACACCCGUCGUCUUGAUGGUAGACGUCUCUAGAAGAACAUAGUACUAUAUUGCGCGUAUAGUCUGCCGUUGUGUAGAUCAGAAAUCCAUGUAUCUCACUGCUUUGCGCGGAUGACCAUUCCAACCCGAGUAGACUGACACAGUCAGCCAGCUAAUACUAAUUGAUAUUUCAGCUCCUCUAAACUUGACAUAUCGGGAUAGUCUAGUAGCUAAUCGUUAAGGAACCAAGGAGUCACCGGAUCUGGCAUGCCUAGAACUUGCUUGCGAUAAUCCUCGCGGGACAUACGGACAAGCCGAUGAGGCAAAGGCGUGAUGUCGUGUUAGCACGAACUAUUUGCUUCCUUUGGUCAAAUUAGGGACUUACACUGGAAAAAUUCCUGGUUGCGGAUACUCCAAGUUGGUGUGCUUGAAGAUGUAGAACCGCACGAAGUAUCCAGACCUGCGGAUAGCCAAAAGGCCAGCCUAUGUUGCCACCAUACCAAUCUCAUUCUUCUACACUACAGUAACAUGUCUUAUCUUGCCACACGGCGUUCAAUCAUAUAACCUGUAAUAUCACGCAGUUACCUAUGAAGGAAACUUCACAUGGUUUUGCUGUACAGGCUCUUACCUUCUUCGCGUGAAAGGUUCGGUCAAGCUAAACAUAUUUAAGGCGUACUCUGCAUUGGACAAUCGACACCCACUUCAUCAAACAAUCAACACCAUAUUUUUUACAUC